AUGACUAAGUGUAGUUCUCGAUUUGUUUCAUCAACUAAAGAAGAAAUUGAGGAAUUUAGAAGUUUACAUUGCACAUUGGAUGGUCGUAUGAAAUCAAUCGUUGAAAAAGAAAACAAGAAUCAUAAACAAUCAGAUCUAUUGGAAACUGAAGAGAUUAAAUUUUUACUUGACUCACCUGUUACAACAAUUAAUACUCCUAAAGCAUCUUGGAUUAAAGAAUUAGACAAUAGAGGAAUGCAACUUGAGUUACCUAAAGAAAAAAAUCAUGCUGGUAGGGUUAAAGAUCCAUAUGCAGAAGCUGACAUUAGUUUUAUUCCUUCUGAUUCUUUAGAAAAUGCAUAUACACCGGUCACUAAUAUUAAAAAAUAUUUAUUAAGACAUCCAAAUAAUAUUGAAGAUGAUUAUUUUUUUGUCUCAAUUAAUGUUCCAAAAAAAGUUUACCAUGGUGAAUGGUAUCUGCCAACAAAACUAGGAAAGUGCUCUCAUGAUGCAAUGAUGCAUUCAAUAUGUGAGAAGGCUAAAUUGGAUUUUAAAGGUCGUAAUAUUACUAAUCAUUCAAUGAGAUCGACAGGAGUAUCAGCUUAUCAACAUCAAUCUAUGAAACGUAAAAUAGAUAAUGUUUCUCGUUUAAUUCCUACUAAAGAAACAGGAUUUUCUAAAGCAUCUGAUUUACUCUCAACCACAUUAAAUAAGAAAACCAAAACAUCUGAAGAUAGAGAAUUAGAUGACCAAAAACCAA